CAAGAAACCAGGUACGCUUUACCAGCUCCUCUCUUUCUCUGUCUCCCCCGUUUUUUUCUUGCAAGAAAGCUUCCAACUUUGCCAAGGAAUCGAGUUAUAUUUGACUUUUAAGGCAGCAUAAGAUAUGGCAAUAAAGCCAACAGUUGCCUUGAGAGCUAUGCUCGUGGGAGGAAUAGCAGCAUUUGCAAAAGUAGCCGGUGCAAUGAAGGCGGCAGGUGGUGUAAAGCUUGGUUUAGCCGCAGGUGCCAUGUCGGCAGCUGCAAGUGCUGUUUUGUCAUCAAAGCAAGAAUCUAAGGAUGACUCGAAGCAGCCUUCAAAAUGAUGUUUUUUUUUCUUUUGAUGUAAUUGUAACCUGUACUUUCUGUAGCAUAGGUGUUGGCUGCCCCGCUGUGUUUGUUGGGACGUGUGAGCAAAAUUGCUGCAUUUGAGUUGUAUUCAAUGUGAUUUUGAAUGCAAGACGAUGCUGAGACACUUGAAAUAAAAUAAGUGGCUCUUUUUUGUCCUGAAA